AUGUAUCUCAAGGCGCCCUGGCAGCAGCUGCUCAUCAAGAGGGUAUUUUGUUGUUUGCAGAAACGCAAGUUGAGGUCAAAUGUUAGAGAAGAACUGGCCAAAAUCUUUCACGAAUCCUCUGAUGAUGAAUCCUUCUGUGGCUUUUCAGAAAAGAAAAUUGAAAGUGCUUUGAAACUGGAAUCUGAUUCAGAGAACAACAUCAGUGCUGACAGAGAGGCACCUCUGAGACUGAGGAAAUGCACUGUUCCUCUCAAAGUAGCCAUUAAGUUUCCACCUCGAAGAUCAGGAAGAAGGAAGGCUGAGGUGGAAUCUCUUCCUGAAGAUGUAAUGCCUGCUCCAGAUUCAGACUCCGAUUCUGAGGAAAAGGGCUCCCUGUUUUUAGAAAAGAGAGCUUUAAACAUCAAGGAAAACAAAGCAAUGCUUGCAAAACUAAUGGCUGAGUUGCAAAAUGUUUCUGGUAUUUUCAAUGGGAGAAGAUCACUGCCAACUGCCAAUAAUACACCAAAACGACUUCCAAGGCGCUCACUUCCCAGAAGUGCAUUGAGGAGGAACCCAGACCGAAGUUCUCGGCCUCACACGAGAUCCAGGUCCCUGAUUGAAGGCCCUCCUACUCCUUUACCAGAGGAGGAAGAUGAUGACCGAUACCUCCUAGUGAGAAGGAGGAAGAUAGCUGGUGAUGAUCUGGAGCAUGAUGCCCAAACUCCCAGGAGAGGUCACCGUGGUGCCAUGGCUCUUCCACACAUUGUGCGACCGGUUGAGGAGAUAACGGAGGAAGAGCUGAAUAACAUCUGUGGAUCUGCGAGAGAGAAAGUGUAUAACAGAACCCUGGGAACUACCUGUCAUCAGUGUCGUCAAAAAACCAUAGACACCAAGACCAAUUGUCGUAACUCUGAUUGCGUAGGAGUACGGGGGCAGUUCUGUGGGCCCUGCCUCCGCAAUAGGUAUGGGGAAGAUGUCAGAACAGCAUUGCUGGAUCCAACCUGGAGGUGCCCGCCUUGCCGUGGAAUAUGCAACUGUAGCUUCUGCAGACAGAGAGACGGCAGAUGUGCUACGGGUGUCCUGGUCUAUCUGGCCAAGUACCACGGCUAUGAUAAUGUCCAUGCCUACUUGAAAGGUCUGAAACAAGAACUUGGAAUGGAAGACUGAAGCUGUGACUGCCUUUGACUUGCGUACUCUUUCACCAGUGCCAUAAUAUUACCUGCAAUGAAUUGUUUAAUCAAAUGAGACUUCAAAGCCAGUGCCUUGGUUCCCUCCCCUUCUGGGUUUUUUAAAAAAGAAAAGCAUAUUGCAGUGCAAAUCAUGCUUUGAGAAACUGUUUAAUAGAGAUCUUUUCCCGCAGGCCAUUGUUUUCUUUUUAAACAACUUUUGCAAAACAAAAUGUGAGAUAGCAUCAGUCCCUGCUUUUAUGCCGGCAACUUUUUUUAUCCUGAAAGAAGAUGGGGGCUUUAAGCCAUUGGAGUUCUGUUCAUGCGUUGAUCUGUACCACAGGUUUAUUUGUGCUUUGAAGUUGGUGACAAAAAGAUAAGAAUAUUCUGAACAUUCAGGGCAUUGUUCCCCACAGAACUAAGUGGGGAAAGGUGUGUGUGCUUACCUCCUGGCCAACUUCUGCUGCAAUUGACUCUUACUGAAAAUAAAUGAUCAAACAGAAGCUAACAAUCCUCCAAAACAGCAAUUCAUUCAUAAGUUCAAAAAGGAAGGUCUAAAGGUUGCAGUUGAGCUAUCUCCAAGCAUUAACAUUUAGGUUUAUAGAGCGCUUGAAGUGCACAUUGGAUAUUUUGAAGGAGAUUCUCUAUUGAGUGAUUUAAAUUGCAGCAGAAGCAAUUAAGGGGUAAGCUCUUGUGUUCUGUGCUUUCUCAGACAAGUGAAGGCCACUGCUGGAAGCUCCUACUGCACCAGCACUGCUGUUAUGUAGUGGUGACUGAUCUGAGAAUGCGGGUAUGCCUCAUAAAGCAACCUCUUAAAUUUCUGUCGGUUUUUGGGUUCUCUUCUUAGUUGUCCUUUCCCUUCUCUUGCUGCCAACUGCAGUAAUGCUUCUGUGCUGUCAGCCUGGGGCUUAACCAAGUAGAGGAGUAGUUGAUGUAGUCAUUGGCCAAUGGCAAGUGGGUGAACGGUGGUGACUUGUUGAACGCUACCAGGAGAAGGGUCAGUGACAAAUGGUCAUUCAGUUUUCUUUUCCCUAUGAGCAAAAACAGAAAGCAAAAGCUUUCCAAGCUACAAUCCAGCUUAAAAUGAAUUAUUCCUUGGCUUGUGUAGAGAAGCACAAACAUGGAUAAUGUUCUCAAGUGACGUGCCCCAGGUGUGGUAACAGAUGAGGAAGAACAAUUGAUGGAAAAGGCUUUUAAAAAUGAAUAAAAAAAGGAGAUGGGUGCAGUUUGUGAGCACUUAAAAAUGUUGCUGGCACUGUGGUCUCUUUAACAAUCUGUCCAUACUUCUAUUCAUUUGUGGCUCUGUGUGAAUGUAGAAGGGUAUUUUGUGUAAUGUUGUUAAUGGAGCACGUGUGCAGCAAAACUGAGCUGAAGAAUACCUGGUGUUGUGUGGACAGCAUCUUCUAAAUGCUGUAGAAUAGAAGGUAACAUGAAAACUAACUGGAGAGCCACAGUGAAUACAUGCGCUUAGUUUGGUCAUGGCAGAAUGCAAUGUUGUACGUAAUGUACAGUUGAGUAGUAGGAAGAGUCAGCUUGGAUUUACUGAGCACUAGAACAAAACACAGCUUCUGACCCUUCUGUUUGCACAGUAUUUGCGCUCUGUAUAUAACGAACCUUUUUGUACCUUUUUAUACCUUUCUGGGAAUUAGAACAGUGUGGGAGAAGGAGGACCUUGCAAACAGAAUAUGUUUGUCUAAGACUUGCAGAUCUGGUUUAUAAAUCACCUGUGCUGUUGAGAAUCUCCCAUCCCCUGCUCCCAUAGUGUGACUAGAUGUGCAAUCUUGGGUAGAGUGUGCCGUGUUCUCCAGGUUCAUCUCUUGAAGAAGGAACUCUACAAGUACAUGUUCUGACAGAUAAGAGUGAUUCUUUUUCUAAUUGCUGUGCUUCCCUUCUGAUUGCUGGAGUGUGGAAGAACUGUGCUGAAAGCUAAUGCUUGUGCUGUGUCCUGAAGACUGCUGUAUUUAGAUUUCUUCCCAUUGACAAAUUUCUGUAUGAAGGUUUUUAUUUUAAAAAUAAAACUUUUUCUCAGUUAAAA